UAUUAAUGUACUGAACUUUUUGCAGCUUAGACCCUCCUGCACACAACCUAGAUUAUGUGCCGGAAUAUCUCUACCCAUGAUGAGCAUCGUAUAAAAAAAUUUAUUGUAUGGGAAUACAGGUAAUUUGCAAGGGCAUUAUAAGAUAAAUAUCACCCAAAAUUAGAGAUGUCGGAUAAUGAAGAAGAGUAUGAUAUUGCUGGGGCCUUGGUAAAUGCUGAAGACUCAGAUUCAGACUCUGGUUCAGACUUUUCUCUGGACGAAGGCGGUGAAGAUGUCCAAGAUAUAAUAAGUUCAGAUGAUGAAGAAGAAGAGCAGCAACCAAAGCAAAAGAAACAAAAAGUGCAGAAGGAAACCACUGCAUUUCCUUCAUUGGAGUUGUCGGACAAUGAAGAUGAGUCUUCUCAGAAUAAAGAAUACGAUGAUACCAAAGAUAUUUCUUCAUACUUUAUAGCUAAUAAUCCUCAAGUUAAAAAAGCCAAAGCAGGAUCAUUUCAAUCGUUUGGGUUCUCUAAAUUCUUAAUGAGUAAUAUUAUUAAGAAAGGUUAUAGACAACCUACUCCUAUCCAAAGAAAAACCAUUCCUUUAAUUAUGGAAGGAAGAGAUGUAGUUGGUAUGGCUAGAACUGGUAGUGGUAAGACUGCAGCUUUUACCUUACCAGUCAUUGAAAAGUUAAAAACUCAUAGUGCAAGAGUUGGUGCUAGAGCAGUUAUUUUGUCACCAUCAAGAGAGUUGGCCUUACAAACUCAUAAACAAGUAAGAGAAUUCACAAAGACUACUGAUUUGAAAUCCAUUGUAUUAAUUGGAGGAGAUUCAUUAGAAGAUCAAUUCACUUCAGUAUUAUCUAAUCCAGAUAUUAUAGUUGCUACUCCUGGUAGAUUUUUGCAUUUAAAAGUUGAAAUGGAUUUGGAUUUAAAAUCAAUUGAAUACAUCAUUUUUGAUGAAGCUGAUAGAUUAUUUGAAAUGGGGUUUGCCGAACAAUUGAAUGAAUUAUUAGCUAGUUUACCAUCUUCCAGACAAUCACUUUUAUUCUCAGCCACAUUACCUCGUUCUUUAGUAGAUUUUGCCAAGGCUGGUUUAACUAAUCCAGUAUUGGUUAGAUUAGAUGCUGAUUCCAAGAUAAGUGAUAAUUUACAAAUGGGAUUCUUCACCACCAAGAGAUCAGAAAGAGAAGCAAAUUUAUUAUAUGUAUUACAAGAAGUUAUUAAAUUACCUUUAGGAACCCCUGAACAAAUUAAGAAAUUGAAAGAUAUGAAUCAAAGAUCUAAUGAUAGUGCCGAAGAGGAUGAAGAAGAAGAAUCACGGAAGAAUAAAAAGAGAAAAUUCAAAAAGGAAAGAUUACCACCAGCCAACCAAUUACCAUCUGAACAUUCCACCAUUGUAUUCGUACCUACCAAACAUCAUGUAGAAUAUAUUUCACAACUUUUGAAGGAUGCUGGUUAUUUAGUAUCAUACAUUUAUGGUACAUUGGAUCAACAUGCUAGAAAGAACCAAUUAUAUCAAUUCAGAAUUGGGUUAACCAACAUUUUGGUAGUUACUGAUGUUGCAGCUAGAGGUAUUGAUAUUCCUGUAUUGGCCAAUGUAGUAAAUUUUACAUUCCCUGCUUCUUCAAAAAUUUUCAUUCAUAGAGUUGGUAGAACUGCAAGAGCUGGUAAUAAGGGAUGGGCAUAUUCUAUUAUUAGUGAGAAGGAAUUACCAUAUUUAUUGGAUUUAGAAUUAUUCUUAGGAAAGAAGAUUUUAUUGACUAAUAUGUAUGAAGAAAGAGCCAAAAUUCUUGGAACUAAUCCUCCAAUAUCUUAUACUGAUAGAUUAGUUCUUGGAGCUAUACCCAGAUUAUCAAUGGAAACUUUUCAAGAAUUAUAUGAUAACUUAUUAAAGAAUAAUUAUGAUUUACAAACCAUCAGAGAUGUGACUAUUAAAGCAGAAAAGUUAUACUAUAGAACAAGACAAGCUGCAUCUUCUGAAUCAAUUAAAAGAUCUAAAGAAAUUCUUGAAACAGAUAAUUUUGAUGAUCAACAUUUACUCUUUGGACCAGAUUUGGAAAAGGAAAAGCAAGAUUUUUUAAAUAAAUUAUUAAAUAGAAAUGUCAAAGAAACUGUAUUUGAAUUCAGUAAGAAAAAUAAUGCUAAAGGAGGAUCUAAAGUAGUAGAUGAUGAUAAUAAUUUGGUUGAUUUUAUGAAUAAGAGAAGAAGACAACUUGCACCUAUACAAAGAAAAGCACAAGAAAGAAGAGAUUUAUUACAGAAAGAAAGAAUAGCUGGUUUGAGUCAUGGAUUAGAAGAAGAAGUGUUAAAAACUGAAGGAGAAAAUGGUUAUAAUGUCAAUGAAGAUGAACUUAAAUCUGCUUUUGAAGAUGCUGAUGAAAUCUUGGAAGAGAGAAGAAAGGAAAAGAAGAAAUCCUAUAAAGAUCCUAAUUUCUAUAUGAGUCAUUAUGCUCCAACCUCAUUAAUUCAAGAUCAACAAUUACAAUUAUCUUCAUCUUUUGCAAAUGAUGCUGCCAAGGCAACAUUUGAUCUUAACAAUGAUGAUACUGAUAAUAAAAAGAAUCAGCAGGUGAUGAAAUGGGAUAGAAAGAAAGGUAAAUAUAUUAAUUCUACUUCAGUUGAAGGUAAGAAAUACAUUAUUGGAGAGAGUGGUCAAAAGAUUCCUGCCUCCUAUAGAUCAGGAAGAUUCGAUGAUUGGAAGAAACAAAGAAACUUACAACCUGCUAGAGUGGGAAGUCUUGAAUCGUCUGGUCCAAACAGUAAUGAUAAGAGAUUCAAACAUAAGAAAACAGCUGCUCCUAAGUUACCAGAUAAAUUCAGAGACGAUUACCAUAAACAAAAGAAGAAGGUUGAAAAGGCUAUUGAAUCUGGUAUUUCAGUUAAGGGUUAUAAUAAAGCAGGUCAACAACAAGAGAUAAAGACUACUGAACAAAUUAGAAAGGCUAGACAAUUGAAAGAUCAAAAGAGAGCCAAGAAUGCUCGUCCUAGUAGAAAGCGUAAAUAGAAUCAUAAAUAACUUUUAUU